GCUUGCUAAUCAAAUAAUACUCUCUUUUUCAGAAAACCAACAUGAAAGCGAACGAAAUGUCUUCAACCAGCCCCAGCAAUGGCAGUAACGGCCACCAUAAGCCCAGUGAUAGUACCACGGCUACAGCCGUCAACAGUAUUGGUGGUGAUUCGGCCACUUCAACAACGACAAGCGGCAAAGAAAGCAAAACAUCCUUAACCUCAAGUUGUGCUGCGGUGACAACGGCUGUUGUGAGCAGCGCAUCUUCCACUUCAUCGUCCUCGUCGUCUUCGUCAUCAUCCUCAUCAUCGGGUGGUGGCAAGCAGAAAAAGACCGUCACAUUCAAGAAUAUACUCGAGACGAGCGACGAUAAGAGCGCUGUGAAGAAGUUCUACAAUCCCGACAAUCGCAUACCGCUCGUAUCCAUCAUGAAGAAAGAGUGCAUGAAUCGCCCGCUACUCUACUCGCGCAACAGCGAAUGCAUUGUACGGCCAUCGAGGCUAACUGAGAUACUCAAGAACAAUUCAAAUAUCGACAAGCUAAAUUCCUUAAAAUUCCGCUCCAGCCACGCAACCGCCAGCACUGCAGCGACAACAGCUGUUGGCGGUGCUACUGCUACAGCUACUGUUACACUCGGCGCAACGUCAUCGACCGCAGCCGCAGCGGUUUUUGGUGGUUCGGGGCUCACUUGUGCAUUUGGCGCGCCAACUGCCUAUGCUGAGGACCGUAAGCAUGACACCGUGGCCUUUAGGCUAGGCGAUACCACAGCGAAUACACUGCAUACUGCAAACGGUUACUCAAGCGAAAUAAAUCCAAAAAAAGAGCAUGGCACAGAGGUUGGUGAUGCGGUAGAAGCAGGCAACGAGGCGCAUGAGAUGGAGGAGGAUGAGCAUGAUGAAGACGUAGGCAGCAGUAGCAAAGGCGCGGCGCUGGGUGAACAAGAUGAGGACGAUGACGAGGAGGAACAGCAAAUUGUGGUUGACAAGCAUUUUGUGUUGCCGAAGCGUAGCACACGCUCUUCACGUGUCAUCAAACCGAACAAAUGGCUGCUGGAAGAUGGCAUUAUAUGCAAGAAGGUGGCGCAUGUAAAGACGAAGCAAACCACUGCAACGGCCACAGCAGCAGCAGCACCUACAAGCGGAAGUGGCAGCGCAACGAAGAAGGAACAGCAAAACUACUUCGGUUUGGGUGGCUAUGCAGAGGCGGGCAUCGCAGUUGCUGACACUUUGGGAAUUAAAAGCGGAAAGGACAACAACAAAGCUGCAUUUGGCAACUCGACAUUUCGUACGAACUUUGGCUCAAUUAAACCGAAUAGUUUUGUGUUGCGCCAGCCGCGCUUGCAAUUCGAUUCACCGACCGAGCGUACAACGACAACAAAUGCUUCUUCAACAAUAGCAUCUUUAAGUUGCUCAACAACAACACCACUAUCUAUAACGGUGCCUAAGGCGCUGACGUUGUCAAUGGGUCUGAGAUCGUCCUUGUCGAGUGGCACAACGAGCGGCGCUGGCACUUUUGGCCUGAAUAGUGCCAAUAGCUUGCUAAGCAAAAGCGUUUUAGGUGAGUAAAUGCAAUGAGAAAAAUUGAAGUGGCUUAUUUGUAGCGUUCACUGUAGAAAAAUCCGAAACGGCAGAAAAAUUUUUAUUUUGUAAGACUUUGAACUUUGUUAUGAAUUUCGUACAU